UCAUCUCUAUCGGUUGCCUUUUCAUUGGAAUGUAAACACAAACUUUGAAACGUCUAAAAUGUCUGAAAUUACGGCCGAGGAAAAGCCGAAAGGCAAUCCGGACAAACCUAAGGUAAAUCGCCGCAAGGAGAAGAAGGAAAAAGCCAGCCGCAUCAUCAAGAUCGUGAUACGACACUUGCCGCCUACAAUGACAGAAACGGAAUUCCUGGACCAAGUUGGUCCGCUGCCCGAGAAUGACGCCUACUACUAUUGCCCGGCGGACUGGUCUUUGGGCCAGGAGGCCACAUGCCGCGCCUACAUCGACAUGUCGAUGAAGGACCCUGAGGAGGUGCUGCAGUUUCGUGACCGAUUCGACGGCUACGUCUUUGUAGAUAACAAAGGUGUUGAGUACGUAGCCAUCGUGGAGUACGCCCCGUUCCAAAGCUUUCUCAAGAACAGGGCCCGGAACGAUGACGGUAAGGUUAACACCAUCGAGAGCGAGUCCCACUACCAGGAGUUUAUUCAGCGGCUGGCUGACGAGCGAGAAGAGGCGAGUCGGUUAGGGGACGUAAAAAUUGAUUUUAACUUCGAACGUCGUGCAGAUGAAAAGGUCAAAUCCACACCCCUUCUGCAGUAUUUGGCCAACAAGAAGGAGAAGCGUCGGGAGGAGGCGCGCAAACGUAACGAGGAGAAGCGCAAGCAGCGCGAGGAGCAGAAGCAACUUCGCUUAUUGGAGCAGGCGGAAGGCAGUAAGGCCAAGGAAGGCGGAGGCGGAGACAACAAGAAGCCAGCCCCUAAGAAAGAAGGCAGGGACAGCAAAGACAGCAAAGAUACCGCUUCUGCAGCAGCACAAGGCAACGAAGUGGCCAAGACGUCGCGGUCGAAACGACGCACAGAGCGCGACCAGCGGCGCCGUGAAGAGCACGAGCAGCGCAAGUUGGCCAAGCAGAGUAAAAAGAAAGUGGAUGGUAAGCCGGACAAAGAUAAACCCUUCGGCGGCAAGGACAAAAGUGUCAAGCAGCAGUCCAAGGACAAAGACAUAGUUAUUCUAAAAAAAGAUAAGUCUGAAGCUAAAAAUGCCACUGAUUCAGGACCUACUGCUUCAAAGGCUGAGAAUACAGAUCCAGACUCCAAGAAAAGCUCCGACGUAUCAGAUUCCGUCAAGAAAUUUAUUAAAUCCGCUUGCGGUACGGAUGACAAAGGCAGUACCAUUGGGCUGCAAGACAGAGGCAGCUCCCAGGAAACAAAUGCCGAGGAUCCCAUCAAGGCAGCGCAACUCCGAGCAUCCGAGGAGAGGCGUAUUCGAAACAAGGACCGCCCUUCGAUCGCCAUUUAUCAGCCAAAGGUGCGCAUCCCACGUAUUGGAUCUGGGGAGUUAUCCCAAAACGCUGGUAAAGAGGGCUCAGAUGGCGAGGCUUCUGUGGCGGAGGAGAAAUCCAAGAAAAGCAAGCGUUCUGGCAGGCGCAACAACAAAUCAAAGCCCCAGGAAGAAAACAAGAAAGGUCAGCCGGAAGCUCGUCGCAUCUCAAAGUCCUCUGAAAGCAGCAACAGUGCCAACUCGGCUGGCAUGGUUAAAUAGCGAAAACAUGAUUUUAUUGUUAAAUAAACGAUCGAUCAGUAGAACUCAUCCUCCA